AUGGAUUCGCAGCCAUGGCAGCCUGGAAACCACGAUCCUUCUGGACCACCACGUCCACCGCAGACCGAGCGGCGACCGCGACAAAGCCCAGGCGCAGCUUGUGAGGAAUGUCGUCGUCGAAAGCUGCGCUGCGAUCGAAAGACGCCGCAAUGCGGUGUGUGUGCUGCUACCAGCACUGUGUGCAAGUUCAGCCACUUGAGGUCGGCGCCUAAGAGGAGACAGAUGCAGCAAUUGCAGCAGAAAAUAGCUGCCCUAGAAGAACGCCUCAACACCGCAAGCGAGAACAACAUCGUCUUCCAACAACCUUCGUUCGACCUCUCCAACAAUGCGACGGCCACGGAUACCCAGGAGAAUGUCUGCCUUCCCGUCUCCUUCGAGGCCCAAAGCGCAGCUGCUACCACCCUGGAUUUCCACCUUGCUCCAAGCCCACCACAGCAAACUGGAACCGAUCUACCUGUCACCAUAAAAGAGGAACUCGACCAACUUUACUUUGACCGGGUGCAUGUCUUCGCACCGAUGAUCCACCAAAGCCGAUAUGCGUGCUGGAGUUGUCAGCAACCAAAGAGAGAGGCGAGGCAAGCGCUUCAAUACGCCAUGUGGACGCUCGCGGCCUCGUUCUCAGCGCAGUUCCAGCAGCUCGCCCAAUCGCUAUACGACGAGACCCGACGGAUGCUUGAUAUGCUUGAAGUGAAGAGUCGUGAGGUAGAUACAACCGAUAUUGAACAUCUGCAGGCCUGCCUCCUUCUGGUGAUAUACGAAUAUAUGCAUUCGUACGACCGUCGAUGCUGGAUGCGCGCAGGAUACGCCUUUCGCCUCGUACAGCUCAUGCGUUUAUUCGAGAUCGACUCGUCUACGACUGGCCUCGGGUCCUUUGAUUGGGUCGAAGUGGAGGAGAAACGCCGCACGUUCUGGGUCGCCUACUGUGUCGACCGAUUCCUCAGUAUCCCGAGUCGAUGGCCCAUUACACUGAUUGAGCAUCUGAUCACUACGCGUCUGCCCGCGCCCGAAGCAGCGUUCCAAUCUGGCCAUUGUGUGGAGAUGGAAUAUCUCGCCGACGCCAUUUCCUCUAACGGCCCUGUCCAGGCCUCGCCAUUCUCAGAACUAGUCAUGGUCACAACCGUCUGCGGCCGUGCCCUCGUCCAUCACUACCAAGCCCUUGUCGAGAGCAGCUACAACAGCUCCAUUCGCAACUUUCACGACUGA